AUGGAGUUGGCCUUCAAAGCUUUGUGUUUGGUCUUGCAGGGACGGGAGCAGCUGCUGGAGGCGUGCCUGCAGAACAACGUGCCGCACUUCAUCUACACCAGCAGUAUUGAGGUGUAUGGACCGAACACCCGAGGGGACCCCAUGGUCAACGGCACGGAGGAGAUGGCGUAUGACAGCAAAUUGGGCUUCAGCUAUGGAGAGAGCAAGAGAUUGGCAGAAGAGAAGGUCUUGAAGGCCAACGGUCAGGAGUUACAGGAUGGAGGAACUCUGACCACCUGUUCUCUCCGCCCUACGUACAUCUACGGCGAGGGGUCUCAGUUCCUCCAAAUUCAUUUAGACCAAGCUCUACUGAACGGUGAUGUCUUCCUUAGAUCCUCCAGGAAAGAGGCCUUGGUCAACCCCGUGUAUGUCGGCAACGUUGCCUGGGCCCAUCUGUUGGCAGCUCAAGCCAUGAAGGACCCAGAGGCAACCAAGAAGAUAGGCGGGAACUUCUACUUCAUUACCGAUGACACCCCCCACAUGAGCUACUCGGACCUGAACCAUGCCCUGGGCAAGGAGCUGGGCCUGGGGGUGGAGAGCAAGCUGGCCAUGCCUCUCCCCAUACUCUACAUCGUGGCUUCCUUCAUGGAGGUGGUCAGCUUGGUACUUCGGCCAUUUGUAAGGUUUGUGCCGCCAUUCACCCGGCACCUCCUGACCCUCCUGAACACCCCCUUCACCUUCUCUUACAGGAAGGUGCAGGGCGACGUGGGGUACAAACCACGGUACGGCUGGGAGGAGGCCAGGCAGAUGACCAGUCAUUGGAUGGCGUCAGUGAUAGCCCAACGUAGGGAGCACCUUGGAAAGGAAAAAAUUAGAAUUUAA